UUGACCAACAAAUACAUUACUCUUCCACAUUCUCUCUUCCUCUGUGUCCCCCCUCAAAACAUUGAAAUUCCAGCUACCCCAUUUAGUCUUUCUUCGAAUCUUCCUCCUUUGAUCCGUUUCGUCUUUGAAUCUUCGUGCUUUUGACCCGUUUUUUCUUUGAAUCUUCACAUACGUUUCCAAGGUGUUUGUUGUUUUGCGUCAUAAAGGAACUUUCUUGAUCAAGACGGUAUUGGUUUCCCUGUUUUUCAUCGGUUGAAGACUAGGAAGAAGAGAAAGUUUGAAGCUUUUCUGUGUUUUGUGUUUUUUGUGUUGGGAGAAAAAGGGUCUUUUGGGGUAAGGGAGAUGGAGCCGAAGAAGGUAUUGUUAUCUGCGUUGAGUGUUGGGGUGGGUGUGGGAAUUGGAUUGGCUUCUGGGCAAACUGUGAGCAAAUGGGCAGGAGGAUCUUCAUCGAUUGAUGGUGUUACAGAGGAG